AUGAGCCGCUCAUCGUUUCUGCUCAUUUUACUUGCAUUUCUCAACGUGUACUUCGCAAUGAAGACCCUAUCCGAGGUCUUUAGUGUACACACUGACACCUUUAAAGAGACACCGUAUACCUACAUUGGAAUGGACCACCCGUUUUAUCAUCCAGGACUUUCAAUGACACCAGCAGCACUCACCUUACAGGAAACACUUCACUAUACCCUCAAUACGAGUGACCCAGAGGGAACACACGAAUGGGAGCUUCUCUUUCAGUUUCCAAAGGGCACGGGCCGUGUUCACUUAGGCAGCAAUCAUAGGCUAUUUAUAUCCACCUUCUACCAUCAGCUUCACUGCAUGGUCCAGCUGCGAAGAGCGCUUCUCAAGAGAUCCGAUAGAAGUGCAACACCGCACCACGUGAAUCACUGCCUUCAGUACCUUAGGCAGACUUUACUUUGCCAGGCAGACGACACACUUGAGGACGACGAUUUUAUGGAAAAGGAUUUUCAAACCCAGCGAAUUGGAUCCGAUGUUCAAUGUUACGACUGGGAGGCUUCUUACGAACGCAUCGGGGAGGAGUAUAUGGCAUUUCAGGCUUGGCUAAAUGCCGCUGAAGUAGAGCAAUGA